AAUUUGCUGAGGAUUGAGAAGAUCCAUGUAAUUAUGAAUUUUCUUCCUGUAGUCCUGAAUCAACUCCUCUGGGUUCUGGUGCAAAACAGUGAUGAUGAAGUUACAACAGCUGUGACCAGGGUUCUCACUAACAUUGUUGCUAAGUGCCAUGAAGAACAACUAGACAACUGCAUCAAUUCCUACGUGACGUAUGUGUUCAGGACCAAAUCAUUUGAAGAAAGGACUGUUCAUGAGGAGCUGGCCAAGAAUAUGACUGGUCUUCUGAAGUCAAAUGACCAAGUAACAGUGAAACAGGUUUUAAAGCAUUCCUGGUUCUUCUUUGCAGUUAUCUUAAAAUCAAUGGCACAGCACUUGGUUGAUACAAAGAAAACAAAGGUUUCUCGAACUCAGAGGUUUCCAGAACCGUUUCAAACUGAGCUGGAUACACUUGUGAUGGUCUUAGCAGACCAUGUUGUUUGGAAGUACAAAGAUGCUUUUGAAGAAACCAGGAAUGCAAACUACAGCACUGCCAGAUUUCUCAAGCGCUGUUUUACAUUUAUGGAUCGUGGAUUCGUGUUCAAGAUGGUCAACAAUUAUAUAAGUAUGUUUGGAACAGGAGAUGGCAAGACUUUACAUCAGUUCAAAUUUGACUUUCUCCAAGAAGUCUGUCACCAUGAGCACUUUAUCCCUCUGUGCCUGCCCAUACGAUCUUCACACAUUCCUGACCCUGUGACGCCUUCAGAAUCAACACAGGAAUAUCGAACAUCAGAUAUUCCAGAGUACACGUUGACCAAUGAAUUUUGCCGUAAACAUUUUCUAAUUGGAGUCCUGCUGCGGGAGGUUGGUUUUGCCUUGCAAGAAGACCAGGAUAUUAGGCACUUAGCUUUGGCUGUGCUCAAAAACUUGAUGGCAAAGCAUUCAUUUGAUGAUCGAUAUGCAGAGCCGGCAAAACAGGCACAAAUAGCAAACCUGUACAUGCCACUCUAUGGAAUGCUUUUGGACAAUAUGCCAAGGAUUUACAUGAAAGAUAUGUUCCUUUUCAAUAUCAAUACUUCCAAUCAGGGAUCUAGGGAUGACUUAAGCACAGCCGGAGGGUUUCAGAGCCAGACAGCAAUGAAACAUGCAAACUCUGUGGAUACGUCCUUUUCCAAAGAUGUUCUGAACUCUAUAGCAGCCUUUUCAUCAAUAGCUAUCUCUGCAGCAAACCAUGCUGACUCCAGAGCUUCCUUAGCAAGUCUUGAAUCUAACCCAAGUACCACUGAAAAAAACAGUGAGAGAACUGACACGUGUGAAAAGAUCAUGAGACCUUUGUCUUUGAUUGGAUCAACGCUUCGUUUCGACAAGUUGGAUCAAGCUGAAACUAGAAGCCUUCUUAUGUGUUUCCUUCACAUUAUGAAAACAAUUUCGGAAGACGCACUGAUUUCGUACUGGUUGCGAGCACCAUUCUCAGAAAUAACAGACUUCUUCAGCAUUUUAGAGGUUUGCCUACAAAAUUUCAGAUAUCUAGGAAAACGCAAUAUUGUAAGGAAAAUUGCUGCUGCUUUCAAGUUUGUUCAGGCCACCCAGAAUAAUGGAACCCUUAAAGGAUCAAACUCCUCUGGCCAGGCAUCGGGUCUGCUCUCGCAAUGGAUGCAUUCUACUUCUAGUCACGAUGGUCACAAGCAUCACAGAUCUCAAACAUUACCAAUAAUCCGUGGCAAAAAUGCACUUUCUAACCCCAAACUCUUACAGAUGAUAGACAGCAGCACUGCAAGUAACUCCAACGAAACAGACAUCGUACAGUAUGUAGACACAGAGGCAAACAUUGCUACAGAAGUUUCCCUCACAAUCCUUGACCUGUUGUGUCUUUACACUCUGAAUCACCAGAGGCUGCUCCAGCAAUCUGAUUGCCAGAAUGCAUUGAUGAAGAAAGUCUUUGACACACACAUGCUCUUUUUGCAAAUCAACCAGUCAGCAGAAGCUCUCAAGCAUGUCUUUGCUGCCCUACGGCUGUUUGUAGGCAAGUUCCCAUCAGCAUUCUUCCAAGGACAAGCAGAUCUCUGCGGUUCACUCUGCUAUGAAAUCCUGAAGUGUUGCAACCACAGGUCACGUUCAACUCAGACAGAAGCAUCUGCUCUUCUUUAUUUUUUCAUGAGAAAGAACUUUGAAUUUAACAAGCAGAAAUCAAUAGUGAGAUCCCAUCUACAGCUCAUCAAAGCAGUGAGCCAGCUGAUAGCGGAUGCAGGGAUUGGCGGAUCUCGUUUUCAACAUUCACUUGCAAUUAUAAACAAUUUUGCUAAUGGAGACAAGCAGAUGAAAAACGUGAAUUUCCCAGCAGAGGUGAAGGAUCUAACCAAACGCAUCAGGACGGUUUUGAUGGCCACAGCGCAGAUGAAGGAGCAUGAGAAAGACCCUGAGAUGCUUGUGGACCUGCAGUACAGCCUAGCAAAUUCAUAUGCCAGCACACCUGAAUUACGCAGGACAUGGCUUGAAAGCAUGGCCAAGAUUCACGCAAGAAAUGGAGAUUUAUCGGAGGCUGCUAUGUGCUAUAUUCAUAUUGCCGCUCUCAUUGCAGAGUACCUGAAAAGAAAGGGUUACUGGAAAAUGGAAAGGAUUUGUACCUCACGUAUGCUCCUGGAAGAUGGUCAAGUCUCUGAUAGUAAUGUGUUACUAACAACUUACAAUGGAGGAAGCUUAUUUUCCAUGGGAUGGCCUGCUUUUCUGAGCAUUACUCCCAACAUUAAAGAAGAAGGUGCUAUGAAGGAAGACUCUGGGAUGCAAGAUACUCCCUAUAAUGAGAAUAUUCUUGUGGAGCAGCUGGAGUUGUGUGUUGAAUAUCUGUGGAAGUCUGAGAGAUAUGAGCUUAUUGCUGAGGUUAACAAGCCUAUCAUUGCUGUUUUUGAGAAGCAGAGGGACUUUAAAAGGCUGUCUGAUUUGUACUACGACAUCCACCGCUCAUACCUGAAGGUUGCAGAAGUAGUGAACUCUGAGAAACGUCUCUUUGGGCGAUAUUACCGUGUGGCAUUUUAUGGGCAGGCUGUGGGUUUUUUUGAAGAAGAAGAAGGUAAAGAGUAUAUCUAUAAAGAACCCAAAUUAACUGGCUUGUCUGAGAUCUCUCAAAGGCUGAUGAAACUUUAUGCAGACAAGUUUGGAAUAGAUAAUGUGAAGAUCAUCCAGGACUCCAACAAGGUCAACCCCAAAGACCUGGAUCCAAAAUAUGCAUAUAUCCAGGUGACAUAUGUCACUCCUUUCUUUGAAGAGAAAGAAGCCGAAGAUCGAAAGACCGACUUUGAAAUGCAUCACAAUAUCAACCGUUUUGUGUUUGAAACACCUUUCACACUCUCAGGAAAAAAGCACGGAGGUGUAGAAGAGCAGUGCAAGAGGCGCACGAUCCUGACAACCAGUCACUUGUUUCCCUACGUGAAGAAGCGUAUUCAAGUCAUAAGCCAAACCAGCACAGAGCUGAACCCUAUCGAAGUAGCGAUUGACGAGAUGUCCAAAAAAGUCUCAGAGCUCAAUCAGCUUUGUACGAUGGAAGAAGUGGACAUGAUCCGACUGCAGCUCAAACUUCAAGGAAGUGUCAGUGUCAAGGUAAAUGCUGGACCAAUGGCCUAUGCUCGAGCUUUUCUUGAAGAGACAAAUGCUAAAAGAUACCCUGAUAAUCAAGUUAAGCUUCUGAAGGAAAUCUUCAGGCAAUUUGCAGAAGCAUGUGGACAUGCUCUUGAUGUCAAUGAACGCCUUAUUAAGGAGGACCAAUUUGAAUAUCAGGGAGAGAUGAAGUCUCAUUAUAAGGAUAUGCUCAGCGAGCUCUCUGCAGUUAUGAAUGAACAGAUUGCAUACAAGGAGGACUCAGCAAAACAGCAAGGAAUGGAGCACACUUAUUCACGAGUCAUCAGUAGAGCCAGCUCAUCUGUGCCAGCAGCCACCACUCCGGCAAAUCCUGAUGCUUGACUUCAACAUGGGGAACAUAUGGCCUUGGGAAGACUUGGGGUGGCUGGGGAUGGGUUUUGUUCUUUGGGUGGUUUUUUUCCUUUUAGCUUAAUAAUACUGAAAAUUAAUUUGAACACGGACAAUGCCAGGAAAAGGAUUUGUGGGUUAUGAUUUUAAUUUAUUGGAAGUCUUCACAGUGUUAUUUUUUAAAACUGCAAGCUUGAUUUUUUUUUUUUUUUUUGUCUGCCCCAAUAUUUGCACAUACCCUAUCUUUUUUUUUGUUGUCAAUUUUUGAUUUUGAGCAGCCUUUAUUAAGCCAGGCUGGUUAUGAAAUUCUCAUUGAACAGAUAGGUACACAGCAAACCCUAAGUUUGUUAUAAAUUAUAAUAUAUCUAAUACUAAGUCCUAGUAUACAUAUAUUUUAAAGGUCAGAGUGGAUGUUUUAUAACAUUUAAGUAUAUUUCAAUUGUAAAUAGAAGAUGUGUAAAAUAUGUCAUUUUUACAAAAUUUAAAAAAUAUCUUUUUAGUUAAUUAUGACAGUACUAAGAAUAUGGAUAACAUUUCAGUUACCAUUAUAUUAAAAUAUUUGUGUAUGUGU